AUGGCUCCACCGACAUGGGCCAACAAUGAAGAACUGGACUGGCUGACAGAGCGACUGCCACACUUUCUUGACCAUCAGAAACGCAAGAAGGUGCAGUCCUUCUUCAGAACAUUAUACACUGAAUGGGAUGCUCGGUAUCCGGAGCGCACCCGUCUGUUUCCGGAUAUUGAACUGACGGCUCAGCUGACACCGGAGCAGGAGGCGGAGCUAAUGGAGGCCAUCUCUCUGUGA